UUGUAUCUUCCUUGUUGGACCCGCGACCAUUGGUUUGCAGUUCAAGUCGACAUGGAGGAACGGGCCAUUUUAAUGUUUGAUAGUCUGAAGGGUCACAUUCGCCGAGCAGCGUUGGAAGCUUACCUUUUGCCUCUACAGGUGCUUAUUCCGUUGAUAAUAAAAUCUCAUGUCACCAGUGAAAGCAAAUAUAGUACGGAGAACUUCAAAUUUGUCAACGUAAAAGAUGUUCCCCAACAAGUGAACGGAUCCGAUUGUGGAAUAUUCGCUAUCAAAUUCAUAGAAUUUCUGCACGCAAAUAUGGACGUAAAUACAAUUCGACCAGAUUACGUACCAUCACUUGGUUGUUUUGGCUUUGGAGUAGCAGCUAUUUUGGAGUUUGAAUACAAUUUCAAUGUGCAUAUUUUCCAUUGUCUUCUAUAA